AUGUCGGUAAUAGUAGAUAAGUUGAAGGACAUGAUGGGAGGCGACAGUGACGACGAGAAGAAAGGAGAAAAGAAGGACAAACAUCACAAAGAUAACAAGGAUCACAAGCAUCACAAAGACCACAAAGAUGAAGGGAUGGUGGAUAAGAUCAAGGACAUGAUCCACGGUGACAAAGACAACGACGACAAACACCACAAGAAAGACAAAGACAAAGACGAUAAGCAUCACAAGAAAGACAAAGACGACAAGCAUCACAAGAAGGAUAAGGACGAUCAUGGUAGCGAUGGAGAGAAGAAGAGGAAAAAUAAGGGGAAGAAGAAGCAUGGAGACGGCCAUAAGAGCGGUAGUGACAGUGAUAGUGAUUAA